AUGCUGUCAGCAAAGUCACCUUUUGAUACAUUCCCACGGAUAGAGAUAUGUGAGUCGGAUGGUGGGCGAAUAGCCACUCCGCAUGAUGAUCCUCUUGUGGUCGAAUUCAAGAUAUCCAAUAUGAGGGUAAAGCGUAUCCUAAUAGAUACGGGAAGCUCAUCCGACAUAAUGAGCCUGGAAUGCCUCAAUCGCCUAGCACAUGAUCCCAAAACCAUGGAUAGUAUACACUAUCCCAUCAUUGGUUUCGGAGGGAGCACCAUACACCAUGUGGGCGUCAUCACUCUGCCGGUUCGAAUUGGGGACAGGAAAAAUGGACGGAAGAUGGACGUGAAUUUCCUGAUUAUUAAGGACUUAACAGCAUACAAUGUCAUCCUGGGACGACCCACCUUGAACAAGAUUAAAGCCGUAGUCGUCACCCAUCUGAUGCUUUUGAAGUUUGUGUGCGAUGAUGGGGCGAUAGGCACCAUACAUGGAGACCAACAACAAGCUAGAGACUGUUACCUCACCACCCUCAACCCGUCAGCAUGGAAGCAAGAUUCCGCCGAAGCCAGAGGCAAAAGAAAGCACGAAGACGAACUGCCAGCCGCCAAGGAGAGUAAACCAGCCAAAACAGAAACUGUUAAGAUAGAGGAAAGUGGCUGA